AUGAGUAAACAUCCACAUGUUCAACAAGAAAUUAAGCGCGAAUUACGAAACAAUGAGAUAAUAUCCACCACUGAUCUCGCUCUUGAUUUACCUGAUAAAUUAAUCUAUGUCGAUUAUGUCAUGAAAGAAGUACUGCGCAUGGCACCUAUUAUCGAUUGUACAAUACGAACAUUGUUAAAAGAUGAUGAGUUUAAUGGUGUAAAAGUGCGCAAAGAUAAAAAUCAUAAUCCGUACACAUUAGGCAUAUUUGGCAGUGGUCAUCGAGCGUGCGCUGGACAAGAUUUGGCAAGAUUAGAAUUGAAAACGAUAGUUACUCAGCUCAUGCAGUAUGUAACAUUUGUUGAUAGAGGAGAAGAGAAAAAUAGUGACGGGAAAUUACAGGGUCUAAUGACUGCACCGAAACAUAUAGGUGUUUACAUUCGAUUUGAUUGA